CCUGUUGGCCCGGCCCAGCACAUCGUACGCCGGCCGGAGCGCGCGGCUUCCACCGGAGCGCGCAGUUAGCAAGCACCGUUUAUUUACCCGUCUCCUUUUAUCCUGCAGGUCAAUAUGAAGGACGACGGCCCCAACGGAAAUGGGAAGCGCAAAGCCUCCGAGGAGCCCGACUCCCCGGCGACGUCCAAGCGCGCUAAGCACAGCCAGUCGACGGAGCCGCCCGAGACCGACCCACCGCCCUCUGCCCCGACCCCGACCCCGGCCCCUGCUGCCCCCGCGGCAACGGCGGCUGCUACUGCUACUGCCGCCGCCCCGGCGCGCAUCCCCUUCCCCGAAAAGCCGGCGGUGAUCGAGGAGCGCAACGGCGAGAUCGAGUUCCGCGUGGUCAACAACGACAAUGAGCGCGAGAGCCUCAUCAUCCUGACGGGCCUCAAGUGCAUCUUCCAGAAGCAGCUACCAAAGAUGCCAAAGGACUACAUCGCCCGCCUCGUCUACGACCGCACCCACCUCUCCAUCGCCAUCGUCAAGAAGCCGCUCGAGGUGGUGGGCGGCAUCACGUACCGGCCCUUCAAGGGGCGCCAGUUCGCCGAGAUCGUCUUUUGCGCCAUCUCGUCGGACCAGCAGGUCAAGGGCUACGGCGCCCACCUCAUGUCGCACCUCAAGGACUACGUCAAGGCCACGUCGGACGUGAUGCACUUUCUGACCUACGCCGACAACUACGCCAUCGGCUACUUCAAAAAACAGGGCUUCACAAAGGAGAUUACGCUGCCCCGCUCCGUCUGGAUGGGCUACAUCAAGGACUACGAGGGCGGCACCAUCAUGCAGUGCAGCAUGCUGCCGCGCAUCCGCUACCUCGAAAUGGGCCGCAUGCUUCUUAAGCAGAAGGAGUGCGUCCACGCAAAGAUACGCGCCUACUCAAAGUCCCACAUCGUCCAUCAACCCCCGCGCCAGUGGCGCACCGCCGGCGCCGGCGCCGGCGUCACGCCCAUCGACCCGCUCUCCAUCGACGCCAUCCGCGCGAGCGGCUGGUCGCCCGACAUGGACGAGCUCGCGCGCCAGCCCCGCCACGGCCCAAACUACAACCAGCUCCUGCACCUGCUCAACGACCUGCAGAACCACCAGAGCGCCUGGCCCUUCCUCGUGCCCGUCAGCAAGGACGACGUGGCCGACUACUACGACGUCAUCAAGGAGCCCAUGGACCUGAGCACCAUGGAGACCAAGCUCGAGGUGGACCAGUACCCGACCCCGGAGGACUUUAUACGCGACGCCAAGCUCAUCUUCAACAACUGCCGCAAGUACAACAACGAGAGCACCCCCUACGCAAAGUCGGCCAACAAGCUCGAGAAGUUCAUGUGGCAGCAGAUCAAGGCCAUCCCCGAGUGGUCACACCUGGAGCCAUGAUAUGUUCUUUUUUUUUUUUUUUUUUUUCAGUCUUUUUUUGUUUUUCAGUAUUCCUUCCCUCCAUCGGGGACUCCCUCUCGC